UUUCCAAGUGUUCAACCAAGUGAGCUGCAUAAAUUCCUUUUUCGGUAGUGUAAUCGCCCUCCUUUUCGGCAAGUAGUAAAUAUGCUGCGAGCAAAUAGCCGUUCCUUUCUUGCGACGUAAUCGCUUGGUAGUCCCAGAAUUUGGGUGAAAAGGCAUUUCUUGGAAUCGGCAGAAGCGCCGGCGAAGGAGAGAAAAGCAGCCGUCCUCAAACCGUCCAGACAAAAUCGAUCCUUUGCUCUCUUUUGGCUGUCCAAGAAAUACGUCCGCCGCAAACACACACAAGCAGAAAAUGACAAACCAGUAAGGACGAACAACUGGAAGGCGCCAUCGAAAAAGGCCUUCCUCUCAAAGAAGGCGAAGAAAAAGAAAGUGAAACGUUAAAACUUGAUUCUACGUUAGUUUGCCAAAACACAUCAGGCAGGCAGCGCUGGAGGAAGCUGAGGGCGGCGUUUUGGAGUCUGUCGAAAAAAGUAUUAAAUUUACAUCGAACGCCGGCGAAUAAUUUUCAGAACAGCUGCUCUGCCACCAGCACCUGAGAAAGGAGACUUUGUUAAGACUAAAUGCAAUAUGUCAGACCCAGACACGGCCUGGUUGGAAGAAUUACUGCAGGACGUCCAGCUGGAGCAGUUUCUGCCACGGAUACGAGAUGAGCUGCAGGUUACCCGGCUGGCCCACUUCGAUUACGUGCACGUGGACGAUCUGGAGAAGAUUGGGCUGGGAAAGCCGGGCAUUCGCCGUUUGCUGGAAGCGGUAAAGAAGCGUAAGGCACAGCAAUGGCGCCGGAAUAUUCUUUCCAAGCUGAUCGGGGGCGGGAAGCAGCAGCCGCAGAAAAAGACGGCACAAUCCGCCGGAGGAGCCGGCGGUGGAGGUUCGAGUGAGGAACCUUCGGCGCUGGCCUUGACCUGCCUGAUCCACGAAAAGGAUGUGACACUCUCGGUGAAACUGGGCGACGGUUCGUUUGGAGUGGUACGGCGAGGCGAAUGGCACGCACCGGGGAAUCAUAUCGUGCCGGUCGCGGUGAAGGUGCUGAAGGCGGACACACUCGCCCAGCCGGGCGUUAUCGAGGAUUUCUUCAAGGAGGUGCAGGCGAUGCACGCGAUGAACCACCCGAACCUGAUCCGGCUGCACGGCGUCGUUUUGUCGCAGCCAAUGAUGAUGGUGACGGAGCUGGCCGUCAAUGGGUCGCUGCUGGAUCUGUUGCGCAAGCAGUGCAAACACACGCCGCUGCCGAUGAUCUGGAACUGGUCGGUGCAGAUUGCGACCGGCAUGGCCUAUCUGGAGAGUAAGCGCUUCCUGCACCGUGACCUCGCGUGCCGCAACGUGCUGCUGGCGACCGGAAACAAGAUCAAGAUCGGUGACUUUGGGCUGAUGCGUGCGCUGCCCCAGCAGGAGGACUGCUACGUGAUGACGGAGCACAAGAAGGUUCCGUUUCCCUGGUGUGCACCCGAGUCCCUACGCUAUCGCCAAUUCAGUCACGCCUCGGACACGUGGAUGUUCGCGGUGACGCUGUGGGAGAUGUUCACCUUUGGCGAGGACCCCUGGGUCGGGUUGAACGGGUCGCAGAUUUUGCGCAAGAUCGAUCGCGAGGGAGAACGACUGCAUCAUCCGGACGCGUGUCCGCCGGAUGUUUACCAGCUCAUGCUUCAGUGCUGGGACAAGACUCCUUCCGAGCGACCAACGUUUGCCGCCAUUAAGGAGUUCUUGACCGGAGUUCCUCCACCAAUCUACCGAGCGGUAACGAAUUACAACACUGAAAACCGACUGGCGGUGCAACAAGGAGACACGAUUGUGAUCAUCGAUGAUCGUACUGAGCUGCAAUUCAUUAAGGGACAGAAUCAAAGAUCGUUUGAUAUUGGAACGUUUCCCAGGAAUGUCGCUGUCGAUGCAAGAAAAUCCGCUGGAACGGGUGGUUCAAAUGCGGCCGCUAUUAGUCGCCCUUUGCACGAUUCAUUUCGACACACUGGCCAUGGAUCUCCGUUCGGUGCGUCUUGGGGUAAUCCUACCAGUCUGGAACUCGGUGGAGAUGUGAAACUGAGAAAUAAAACAAAGGACAUGAUUAGUGCUGAUCGGCGUGGCAAAUGUGUCUCGGAGCAGUACGUAAAGGAGCGUAAAAGUAACGCGUCGAAGCAAUUCUCCUACAACAAGCUGGUCAACGAAAACCACCAGAAAACACAACAGCACUCGAAAGAUGCCAAAGUACGCCCUUUGCGACCACCACAACCGCAGUCGUCUACGACGACGGAGGGAAUACUUAUCGAUCUGUCAUCCCCGAAUGACGACAGCACGUUUGGCGUUGUGGGUUCCGGCUCCCUAACGCCGGCCGGUAGUUUCGCUUCGAUUCACCGACAGGUGGCAAGUAUUCUCGACGAACCGAUCGAUAUCCCGACUGAGGGGGAAGAUCAUUUCGUGCAGACGCACGAGCACCAAUCCCACCAGCAGCUUCAAAUGGUACCAGUUUCUUCCGCAAGCGUCCUCCGUCAGUCGACUUCGACCGUGAAUGCUGGCAAGCUCGAACCACCACCCUAUCAAAUGCCCCCAAAGUAUAGCAACACGUACGGUAUUGUGCAAGAGAGUAGCUUAUCUUACCUGAGCUCCCAACCCGAACCGGAUCCAUUCGCGCCGCAGCAGGAGUCGAUCGUAGUGACAUCCGACUAUGAAAGUACACCAUCCAGUUCGGUCAGUUCUCGAGAGCUUAUGGCCAGCAUCAAGCGGCAACAGACAAUCGAACAACUUCCAUCUUCCAUCCAGUCUGUAGCACUACCUCCAGCGCCGUCCAUUUACGGAAACUUGCGUGGUUCCGUGUCAAACAUAAAUGCAAACUACGGUCGCGUAGGCAUGACGGAUUUAGAUGACCUGACAUCCAGUAUGCUGACUACACUGAAUGGUGGUUCCGGAGGAAAAGAUCACAGUCUCAACGAAUCACUGGGGGCGAACGUUAGCAGUGGCGGUACGAAUGGGAUGAUGUCACCAUACAGUGGAUCCGCUAUGACGCUGAAUAUGGGAGGACCAAAAAAGUUGGAUCAAAGCUUCCUCGCCGAACUGGAGAAGGAUAUUUACAAGAACGAACCGACACCGGGAAGCAGUAUGAAUAGCUCGGUGGCCUAUGCUGCUCGCAACAGUGCAAAGGAUGUGUCGCACUCCAAGUACGACACGACGGCCAACCUGGCGAUGAGUCAAAUCUACGCCAACCAAGCCAACUCGAUUGCGCUGGCUGCGUCCUUACAGCAGCAGCUUACGCUUUCGCCAAAGAAACAAAAUGUUCUGCAGCAGUCGGCAGCAUUGCCCGGGGACACGAACGCUGUCGUGCAGCAGUUAUGGAUGGAACGCAACGCUUCGUACGCAAGUACGUCCAACGGUGGUGGUACUGGUGCAGAUCAGCAACUCUACGGAAACUUGAAUCAACAACAGCAACAAACGCAUGUUUCACCGCAAAAGAUGCACAAUUUUGUUGCACUUUCGAACAGACCCACCUCAACGAUGCUUCCAAAUCCUGCCACGGCUGACACUAGGUCGAUGCACUACGGCUCGACGGUCGAUCUUUCCGGACCCAACAUUUACAACUCGGUCUACAACGGAAGCAUCGCGGGAGACGUGUAUCAAACAGUAGGCGGUGAUCUGUACGAUGUGGUUGCUCCGACGCCCGCCUCAAUGUACGAACGAGUCCCGACAACGCAACAAGUGUACAACAACGUGCUCGAAACCCAGCUCAAUCCGGUAACACCGGCCAUCUACGACGAGGUUUCGAACGACCUUGGCGACCUCCGACCAAUCCGGCCGGCACCUUCUGCACCGCUUUCAGCGCAACAGAUCCAACGACGCUUGGAUCGAUUGGCGCAGCAGGAUCAACAGGUGGCGAAUCUGAUGCAGGAACUGGGCGAUGAGGCCAACGAGGAGGAAGCACGCAAUUCACUGGCGGCAGUUUGCUGGGAUCAUACGCUUGCUGUGCGUCAUUUUAAAAUCGAACGACUAUGCCGACUUGGACUUGCUAACCGUACACGCUGUGAAGAGGCUCUCCAGAAGACUGGAUGGAGCAUCCAGCUGGCUGCCUCGAUACUGUUGGAGACUUAAUGGCAAUUUCUCAUUUAACGAACGUGGGGAAACUCUACUCUAUACUCUUGAAAGCAAUCUCCUUCUCGUUAAGCUUAUGUACAUAUGAUUAGGUUAGUUUAGUUAUCUACUUGCAAGUCUCAAAUAUUAUCUUGAAAAGAGAAAGGAUACGAAAUAAUCUGAAUUAGAUAGCUCCAACUAUGGAUUGCCAAGGAAAAAGCGAUGUGAUGUUCAAGUAAUAGUUGAAGUUUUGUGUUAGCAGAUGUUGUAUGUUGUAUGCAGUUCUGUUGCACAGCGUUUCAUUUUACGAAAAUGGAGCUAUCUAUAGCUGAUGGAAGCUAAUGCAAACAAAGAAUUCUCGAAUAUCGAAUCGAAUAUGCAACCUGCUCUCGUAAACAACUUAGUAUUAGAUAACAAUUAGAAUUUUUUUUUAUAAAACAGAGUAGUAAAUGUAGAUAAUUUCCUUACUGCAAAAUGGUUCAGGUUUACUGAGGUUAACAACAUUAAAUUAGUUUUGAUUAUAUAAAUCCUAUAUUUUCGAAAGCUUCAUAUUUAAUUUGUAUCCUGUUUUUUAUGCAGAUCGUGAACUAAAUCAGAAAAACUGAACUUAUCGUCGUGAAAAACAUAAUAUAACGAACUGUUACAAAACGUAGAAUGAAUGCUUUUUAUUGUGGUGCCGAACUUCAUUAUACUAAUAAAAGGCUGGUGCUUGGUGGUGUA